GGUUUUUGUGUCCACAUGUCUUUAUUGUUGUUGUGGUUAUUGUUAUUGUUGUCUCGUGAAAAAAUAAAAUUAAGUAAAGAAUUAAUUAUAAACUACCCUUCACUUGCGUCGUCUGAUCCAUUGCCCCCCACCCCUCUACCCCCUCUACCCCCCACCCCAGGGUGCCCGUGGCUGUGGGACAACCUCACCUGCUGGCAGGCGGCCAGCGUGGGCCAGGUCGUGGAGGUCAACUGUCCAGAACUCUUCAACGAAUUCAUGAACCCUCACGAAGAGAUGGGAAAGGUGGCCCGCAAUUGUACGGAGGACGGCUGGUCUGAGCCGUUCCCGCACUACGUGGACGUCUGCCUCUUUGAGGACAACACCACCAAACCAGACAUGUACUAUGCGUCGGUGAAGGCUCUGUACACCGUGGGCUACAGCACAUCCUUGGUGUCUCUCACGACAGCCAUGGUCAUCCUCUGUAGAUUCAGGAAGCUCCAUUGCACCAGGAACUUCAUUCACAUGAACCUGUUCGUGUCCUUCAUCCUGCGGGCCAUCUCCGUCUUCAUCAAGGACGGCGUUCUGUACGCUGAAGAGGAGGACAGUGACCACUGCUUCGAACACACCGUGCCGUGUAAGACUGUGAUGGUGUUCUUCCACUACUGUGUGAUGUCCAACUACUUCUGGCUGUUCAUCGAGGGGCUCUACCUCUUCACCCUGCUAGUGGAGACCUUCUUCCCAGAGAGACGCUACUUCUACUGGUACACCAUCGUCGGCUGGGGAACUCCUACUAUCUGUGUAACAGUCUGGGCUGUUCUCAGACUCCAUUUUGAUGACACUGGAUGCUGGGAUACCAAUGAGAACACUGCCCUCUGGUGGGUGAUCAAGGGACCGGUGGUAGCUUCCAUAAUGAUCAACUUUGUUCUGUUUGUUGGAAUUAUCAUCAUCCUGGUGCAGAAGCUGCAGUCUCCUGACAUCGGUGGCAAUGAGUCCAGCAUUUACCUCAGCUGUGCUCAGAAAUGCUUCAGUGAGCCCACACAGGCGGCACAGCACUCGUGCAGGAUGUCAGAGUUAUCCGCCAUCACACUGCGCCUGGCCCGCUCCACCCUCCUGCUCAUCCCGCUGUUUGGUAUUCACUACACCGUGUUCGCCUUCUCGCCCGAGGACGUCAGCAAGCGAGAGAGGCUGGUGUUUGAGCUGGGGCUUGGAUCCUUCCAGGGCUUCGUGGUCGCCGUCCUCUACUGCUUCCUGAACGGAGAGGUGCAGUCGGAGAUCAAGAGGAAGUGGCGCAGCUGGACGGUGAACCGCUACUUCGCGGUGGACCUGAAGCAGCAGAGACAUCCGUCUCUGGCCAGCAGCGGGGUCAACGGGGGCACCCAGCUGUCCAUCCUCAGCAAGAGCAGCUCCCAGAUACGCAUGUCCAGCCCCCUGGCCGAGAACGCCAACCUGAGCCUGCCCACCUGAGCGCCUGAUUGGUCGAUAAAAGGUGUCCCCGUACUGCCCCCCCUCCCCAGCCCCUUUACAUUCUCGACCAAUAAGAGUGACCAAAAGUGGGCCGACCCACUCCAUUCCCACCCCACUCCCCAGCUCCACGUUUUCCGCAAACGUUUGGUGAUCCACAAAUGCAAAUGCUUUGUUUGAAAGUUAUUUGGUAGGAGCUGGAUUGAAAUGGGUACAAUUUAUUGUAUGUAUUGGAAUUGUGCUCAUGGCACAAUGCACUCUUAAUUAACCACACCCUUUGAAUAGUGAUAUAGUAUAGAUGCUUUUAAAAGUAUGCAGACAAUUCCGUCUGUUCAAUUUUAUUUUUUUAAACGUUUAAUACUCUCUCUAUUUCUCUCUCCCCCCUUUCUCUUACUCUUUCUCUGUCCAGAUCAUUUACAAUUAGUGUUGUUUGUUAUUAUUGCUAAACUGUAUGCCAAACCAUUGAUCAGCAUUGAAAAAAAAAAGGAUGAGAUAACUGGAGAGCUUAACGCGUGGCUUUUGUAAUGUACACAAAGUGUUUCAAAGUGCAUUACAGGUUGCCCAAAAACGGGUCGGUCGACGACUUAACAUUGAAACAGUAACCAAACCACCGCCUUGCUUGUACAAAUGCUAACUGUUUCAGUGUUAUAUCUUUUCAAAUCAUCAACAAAAAGGACGUUUUUUACACUCAGCCAUAAGUACAGAGUAUGUCAAAAGAUAUUUAUUUAAAGAAAAUACUAAUAAUCAAAUCAUAGAUUGAUACCUUGUACCUUGUAAAUAGAUUGUUUUUUAAUGACCUUUUCAACAAAAGGAACUGGAGCUCCAAUCUGUAGAUUUCAUCCCGUGUCCCGCGACCCCUACGAUAGUAUCCUAGAGACAAAAACCUGCGCAUGCCAAACGAAUUGGUUUGGCGGAAAAAAAAACAGACAAACACUCUCCCCGUGUUAACGAUCGGGCGAAUCAUCUAGCUCAUCUGCCAUCAUCUUCACAUCUCAUCUCAUCGCUUUCUCCUCAUCGCAAAGAACACUUUUAGUAUCCUCUGGGAAGGACAUCACUCAGAAUUUUGGUGAUUAGUAGUAGACAAAAUUAGGUAAGCACUAAUACGUAUUUAUAUGGAUUACAGCGUCAGGCACGACCGCGACAGCAACAGCUAUAGUGUUCAUGAGAACAACAGUGUUGUCUUGUUUCCCAGCUUGUACUGCAAAAGACAUUCCCAAGUGCCUAGUCAGUCAGAAUUAACGACAACAUUAAUUUUACGGUAAUUCAAUAAUGCACUCAUUUUAUGUCCGUGCUAAUGUGAGUUUAAUUUAGAUAGGUUGGUUGGUUUAGUUUAAUUGAUUUGGUUUUUGUUCAUUUAUGAUCUAAUUUAAGAUACAUCUUCAAUUUCAAAUUUUGUUUAUUUAUUGUAUUAUUUUGGUGUAUAUUAUGUCGCAGAUUUUUUUCCUUUCUCUGGCUGAUAUUGGACCUUUUUCUUCUUUAAAAUAUUGCUAAGCAGAAAUUGUGAUAUUCCUAGCAAGGGUAAAUGUUAUGUUUUGUGAUGUGAUGAUGUGCAACUGUACACAUGUGUUGGCCAUUUGUUACAGCAACAUUUACACUUUUAUGCGACCAUCGCUCAGUAAAUAAAACUAAAACAAAUCCAUUUUGACCUGGCACUGGGACAAAUAAAUUAUAUAAACAAGUAAAUAAGGGAAAUAAUGCUUUAAUACGACAGCUUUUGACAAUCCUGGAACAUCUUAAGAACAAUAACCAUUCAUAACCAUAAUUCAUGACAUGCUUAUAAAACACUAAAGAAAACAACACAUGUUUUGUGCUUACAUGAUCAGGUUUCUUGAGGUGGAAAAUAAGAAUGUAUUAUAUGCUGAUGAGAUAACAUUGUUCAUAAUCAGACAACGUUUUAUAGACAGGAUGUCAGUAUUAUUUGACAGGACUGAAUACCUGCUGUAUUAUUGUACAUAAAUGACGGUCAACAAAGUUCCAUGACACAUGAAUAUGAAUGAAUGAAACUGGUUGCUCUUGACCACUCAUGAAGUGCAAUCUUUUUGAGGCGACACUUAGGCCAAAUGUUUGUUAAAACCAAUAUAUUGUAGAUCAAUGCAAAAGGCAUGUGUAUUCCUACAGUAUUAUAUUGUCCUAAGCUCCAAUGGGUAUGAUUAUCCCUAAUUGAAGCUAGAUAUAUCUAUUUAAUUUAAAAAGAAAGUGAAAGUGCUGGCAAGCUAGCAUCGUUUAUAUACACGCAGAAACGGUGUAUGAUGCCAUCUUCAACAAAGGUGUGUACUUGUCCUGAAGGCAGCAAGCUCGACGCCACAAAGUUGUGGUGACCAAAGUUGUUGAGGUUGAAAUCCGAUCUUGGGUGAUUUCAUUCUUUAUUAAUUUAUAGAUUUAUUGUGACUCAAGAUGUGAUGAUAACUGCUGAUUCAGAAUUGGUUGGGUUGUGUACAUAUAUAAAUAUAUUAGAUAUUAGACACUGUGGAGAUUGUGCAACAAUAGCGAUAUUCAUACAUAUAUAUACAGUAUAUAAACAGUAUAUACUGUAUAUGUGUGUAUAUAUGUGUAUUGAGUACAUUACGUAGUCUGUGUGCGUGCCGGUAGGGUACUGCGGGGGGUAUUCAUUUGAAGAUCACUCUCCCCUUUUUGGUGUGUUUCUAUGACCAGGAAAUCUGAAUUGUUUGGUGGCGCCUUACGCCGAUACCUCAUCUGGCUGGGGCCCCCAAUGCAGGCCCCUCCAGCUCUGAUGUGAAACGACCAUGUCUCAAAGCUGUUACUGUGAUAAAACACACAAAGAGCUCCUCUCUUCAUCGUCAUCGUGCCAUGUGACACGUCCACCACAGCGUGGCAGCUCAGUGUUAACGUUUAGAUAAAAUAAAUGCUAUUUAUUAAUUUUUUCUUAGGUUUUGUAAUGUGAUUUUGGUGCGAUAAGAAGCUAAAUGUAAGCCAGUCUUUUGCUUUUAUUUAUUUUUGCUACUUGUGUCUUUCAGCUGGAGUUUUCUUUUGGUUUUGGGUGUGGUGUGCUUCUCAAGCACAUGAGAGAAUUUAGUUACUUACUUUAUUUAUUCAGGUAAACAAAUUGUGAUUUCAAAACUCUUUCGCAGGUGGGUCCUGGCCAAAGGGGCAGCCCAUCACGGGGUGGAAUACAAAAGACAAAAAAAAAAAAAAAAAAGAACAUACAACAUUUGGCGAUAUUAAGAAGUGCAAAAGAAAAGGUUAAUUGGGCUGCCUUUGAAAUUAGCAAGCGGACCCCAAUCAGAUUUUAAGUAUUUUUUACAGCGGAGCGAAGGCGAUGCCGCAGUGUUUUAGUGGUGUGAGGAGGUGGAUGUAUGAUGAGCAUGAGCUCCAUAUACUCUACGUGUGCUGUUUUGGUUUUCGGGACCUCUGCCGGUAUUUUUCAUCUUCUGAAAAAAAGAACUGCAUAUUUAGUUUUAGUCUUAGAAAUAUGUUCUUUAUAAUUUUACUCUACAAUGGUUCACCUAGUAUUUGAGUUGGUUUUUAUUUCCAGGGGUCUAUAUUCGAAAAGCAAGUCGGAGUUGCAAACAAACCCACACACGCACACACACACACACACACACACACAGACAGAUAUUUGGUGCAUGUGUACAAGUACAACUCUUUAAAUAAUCAACGGUCUUGCCAUUGAUUUGGCAGUUGUGCCCGUGGAGCCUGUAACGUGUAGUGAUACAAGAAUACGUGUAUAUAUCUAUCUGAGUGUAAUACAUGAGUGUGUGUGUACUGCACACUCUCUCGGUUGCCAUUGAACUCUAUGAAUGUACUGUGCCAUCAUCGCUUUGAUAAACGUUGCCUGCUAUUUCACAAUUGCCAUUGUGUACAAAUGAUGUCUCUCUCUUUUGAUCACAUGUAAAUGCAAAUAUUUCAAUAUUUUUGCUAAUGGCUCGACCUCUCGGUGAUGACGACCUGUGAUACCUGUAAACCGUGUUCUCUUUUGAAUGGUUUUGUUUGUUACACCGCCGUAUUUUAAGCGUGUACAAAUUUGAAUCUCAGUGGAAUAAUGUGUCUAUUCAUGAGCUUGAUGGACAGAGCAAGGAUAUGAUGAUGUGUGUGUCUCUGUGUGUUUGAGUGUGUGUUUCUAUGUUUUUGCUUUGUAAAGGCAGUGUGUGUGUGUGUGUGUGUGUGUGUGUGUGUGUGCGUGUGUGUGUGUGUGUGUGUGUGUGUGUGUGUGUGUGUGUGUGUGUGUGUGUGAGAGAUACGCUUUGGUGAGUGUGUGUGCGUAUGCGUGUGUGUGUGUGUGUGUGUGUGAGACACGCUUUGGUUGAGAAUGGGAUAUUUAAGUGUAAAAAAAAAAAGAACUGCUAUAAUCAACUUUUAUUUUUGCUCUGCCUGUAAUAUGAGUGUGUAUUACACGGUUCUGUUGUCUCAAAUAAUGUUAAAAAAUAAUGUGUUCAUUUGAUUGCAAAAUAAAUCCAUCCAUCGUGACUAA